AUGUCCUACUACAGCCAUCUUUCUGGUGGCCUGGGCUGUGGUGUGGCUGUGACUAUGGGAAGGACUGUGGCUGUGGCUGAGUAUGACAGGUGCAGACAUGGCUGCCACUCAUCUUACUCUGCCAGGUAA